AGGCAGCGGGGUGGGAGUCACACAGCAGGGGACUCCCAUGUAACAGGCAGGGCGGGGGCGGCCACUGAUGGGCGAAGGAGGGAAGCUAUUAGGAAAGGGUGGAGAGUCGUAGGGCUGAGACUAAGGCAUUUGGGAGCAGGCACAUGAGUGGGGAGGAGAGUUAUUAGGAAGCGAAACAAGGGGUGGAGAAAUAGUCCGGGAAGGAGGGAGUAGAGCUGGAAGGCGCUGGGAAAAAGAGACAUUUAGGAGGGAAUAUUAUAGUGCAACUGUCCCGGGGCGCAGAAGAAACCAUCACAUCUGUGUGUGCGACAGAGAGGGGUUCGCUCAGACACGCCCCUCCCCCGCCGCCCCCCAGUGAGGGCUGAGCAUCUGGCACUGCAUACUCUGCAUAUGUUUCUUAUGAAUUCAUCAAGAUGUCUUCCGAAAGUGAGUCCCCUUCCUCCCCGGGCGAAGAUCAACAAAUGCUUAGGAUAGAUGAGCGGCACCAGGUGCUACAAGCUGAGCAAGAGGGAACACAAAAAAGAACAUUUACCAAUUGGGUUAAUUCACAGUUAUCAAAGCAUCCAUGUCCUUCUGUUUUGAGAGAUCUGUUUACCGAUAUCCAAGAUGGACACAGGCUGUUGGACUUGCUAGAAAUACUUUCUGGGGAGGAUCUGCCACGAGAAAAAGGGAACAAUGUAUUUCAGGCCACAAACAACAUAAACACUGCUCUGUCCUAUCUAGAACAAAGAUCAAUCAAACUCAUAAAUAUUCAUGCUGCAGACAUCAUUAGUGGGAAGCCUUCCAUUGUUCUUGGCCUAAUUUGGAAAAUCAUUUUGCAUUUUCAUAUUGAAAGCCUUGCUGAUAUAUUAGCUGCCACAGAUAGCGUACACCAGAGUAAAAGUGAAAGCAAAGUUGUGCCAUCUCCAACAGCAAGUCCACCAGCUAAGAGAAGCGCAAAGUCCAGGUGGAAGAGUUCUGCUAGGAAGGUGCUUCUCCAGUGGGCAAAUGAGCAGUGUGCUGGGCAUGGAUCUCUCAGUGUGACAGACUUCAAAUCAAGCUGGAAGAACGGCCUGGCUUUCCUAGCUAUCAUCCAAUCCCUAAGACCUGAAAUUGUUGACAUGGACAAACUAAAGGGGAAAUCCAGUGAAGAAAAUUUACAGGAGGCAUUCAGAUUAGCAGAGCAAGAAUUAAAAAUUCCAAGACUACUGGAACCAAAAGAUGUAAAUGUUCCCAAUCCAGAUGAAAAAUCCAUUAUGACAUAUGUGGCGCAGUUCUUACAAUAUGCAAAUUCUGCUGAGGCACCUAAAAAAGAUGUACAGGAACAAGUAAAGAAGACCAUAGAGUGGUUGAAUUUGGAAGAACAGAAAGUAAAAAAGCUGUUUUCUGAAAUGAAAACUGAGACCUACACGAAAAAAUAUCAAGAAAUGCUGCUAUUCAUGAGAAAGUUUAAUGAACAAAAGCGAACUUUCAUGUCUGGUUUAGAGCUGAAGUCUCUUCCCUCUAAUGAACAACAGCUAAUUAGACAAUCACUGGAAAAUAUAACAUCUCAGAUUGCAGAAUGGAAAAUGCAACUGGAUCUUAGCUUGCCGUCUCCACUCAGUGAUGUGGAAUCAUGGCUUUUGAAGGGUGAAGAUCUGAUGUCACACAAAAUACUGGAUACAGAAACGCACAACAAAGCUGUGUCUCUUCUUCAGAAUUCAUCUGCAUCCUUUAAGGAGCUGUUGGCCAGUGCUGAUUCUCAUUCACAGACUCUACAGACAUUCAAAAAUUUAGACGACAAUGGCUUUGUUCUUGUUCCUACUGAUAAAAUUGAGGAGAUGAAAUUACGGUUGGAAAAGAUUACAGCUGCAGACUUCAGCCUGAUGCUAGAUUACCGCUGCUCUGGACAUUCCAUUCUUGCUUUGCUAGAUGAAGGCAGACCAAAGCUCAAAACAUGGAAUACCAAGUGCAAGACGCAGGGGAUGGCAGAAUCCCUUCUUGCCGAUUGGAAAGAAUUUGUUGAAGAUAUGGCAUUUUUGAUUCGCCUGGAUGCGGCUUUUCAGAAUUUCGUAGAACUCAAGGAUAAAUUAUUAGCUGCAUAUUUGGAUGAUUCUGAUAUCUCAAAAGAGUACAAAAUUAUCAAAAUGAAAUAUAACGAGUUUGUGGAUCUGGUUCACCUUGCAAGCUCCAACCUGGAAAAACUCCUUUCAACUUGGACACAUUAUGAAAAUAAUUUUGACCUUAUUAGGGGUUGGCUGGAAGAGCAGGGGAGGAUAGCGCCCACUAAAGUUCCUUCAGAGAUUUUAUCCAAGUGGAAAUCCGUACAUGCUUCCUUAAAUACUGAUGCAAAGUUCUUGCGAGAGCAACUCCAUGAAAAGACUGGGCUACAAAUAUCUGCUGAGCUGAAACAUUUCAAUACGCAAUGGGCCCAAUUUGUUAAAAGGCAUGAUAAGAUAAAACCAAUGAAGGAACUCAAUGGAACCCACUUGGAGCCAAGUGAUGGCAAACAUGAGAAGAAGCUAACCGAACCUUUACUUAUUUCGGCUGACUCACUGAAGAUAUUAAUUGAAAAUUUGCAGGGACAAGAGGAGAAUGCUGCGCUGCAGCAGGUAUGCAAGCAGAUUUGUAGCCGUGUGGAAAAGAUUGACUCCCUCAUUGAUUCUACUGCACAAUGGCCUCCUACUGCUGAGAUAUUUUUUCAGAGCAUUGAUCAGCUCAAACUCAUGGAUGGGUCCCUCACAAAUAAACUCCAGAAUCUGUAUGCACAAGGGACAAUUUGCCAGAAGCACCUUUCCAUGGCAGAGAAGGAUUUGAAAGCAGUGCAACAAGUUAUCCGCAGCCAUGAUGAAUUAAAGCAUUUUAAAACAGAUGGAAUUCAGGAAAAGCUUGCACUUAUCCAGCAGCAAGUCCAGGAGCUGAUGUCUCGAUCAGGCAGCACCCUCACCUCUUCAGAAUUGCAUUUAUCUGAAAGCGACAUAAAAAACAAGUUUGAGAGUUCAAAGAGUAAACUGGAGACAUACAUAACAUCAGCAAUGUGUCUUAUGGAACAAAGAAUCACCCCUGAGGAGUUCAUUUCCCAGUAUGAGAACACUCUGAGUGGGUUUGACAAUCACAAUCUUGAUGAGUUUUUAAAAGCAGCUGAUGAAAUGAAAAGAAUUUCCUCUGCUCAUGAGAAGUCAGUGGUGGAUAAAUUAAGUGUAGAUCUUCGAAGUCAGUGGAAGAUAAUUCAUACUGAAAUGGAAUCCUAUGUGUUCCGGUUAAAACUGCAUUCAGAGAAAAAGAAAUGUGAUGAUCUGUUUUGCGAAGCAGAAGAGAGGCUCAGAAUCGAAGAGGAACGUGUUGGCCUUGGGGACAGAGAAGACCUUAUAAGGCAACAUAAGAGGAUUUUUUCUGAGGAUGGCUGUCUAGGCCAGCUGUGCAGAUGUUUACAAGCCAUGGAGUUGCUACUGGCUACUCCCAGGAAUACAGAAGAUAAUUCUGCAGCUCAAGCAAUCAUUUCCGAGUGUACGAGGAAGAAAGCAGAGAUAGAAAAGCGUGCUGGGAAUAUUUAUCUUCAUUUGCUCUCUCCCCAGGGAACAUGCAGAAUAACAGAGAAAGAGAAUAAAUCAGUUGGUUUAGAAAAUGGAUUGAAAACUAAAACCUGCAAGUCUACUGGUACCUAUGCAUCACAAGAGGUAGUGAAUAUUGUGGAGACAGAUAGUGGUUGGAUUCCUUAUGAAGAAAGCAAUACAAAUUUAAGUUUUGUGUUGCACAGGUACGAUCAAGAGGAGUCUAACCUAGAGCAGUUCCUGCAUUGCUGCAGGCAGACUUUUACUACUGAUAAUGUAAUGAAUAGUCAAGAUGUGUCCUCUCUUCAAACCAGACUUCAUGAACUUCAGCUGUUACAGUCGCAAGCUAACACAUACUGGAGAUGCUUUGAAACAUUGUCAUGUGAUGCAGAAAAAUUGCUGGAUAUUCCUAAUAACAUUACACUAUGUGAAAAAAGAGCUGAACUUCAGUCUAACAUGGAAAUCAUGAAAGAGGAAAUGCAGAGCAGGAUCCAGUUAUUAUCUGUCACAUUACAUGUUCUGCUACCAGUGCAACAAGAGGUUGACUUGCUCUGUCAAUCAAACAAGUCAGAUCAGGAGCUGGAGAAGUUCACCGUAUCAAAUAUAGAUUCUACUUGCCAAGAAUUAAAGGAUGCUAGGAAUACUGUUGAAGAUCGCCUCCAACAAAUUGACAUUUUGGAGUCUGCAUCACAGAGUGGGAAAAAACUCAACCAUGUAGCUAUGGAAGCAGUUGAGUCUAUUAAGGCAGAACUAGAAUCAACUUGUGAAACCAUGAGGGAAAAAGAGAUCAUUCUUAAAGCCUUGGAAAGGUUCUUGUCUUCCCUUGAGGCAACCAGAGUUUCCAUAGUUGCACAGGCCAAUGUUUGGGGAAUGGACAAAGCAACAUUAGAAGAAAAACAGAAAAACCUUACAGUAUUGGAAAAUAAAAUCUUCCACUUGAAUCAAGAGGCUCUACAACUUGAUGACCAUCUCCAAGGGGUAGAGAUCUCUCUAGAAGAUCCAGAACAUGGUGGAGAAACCUCCUGUCAGAAGCUAAUUGCUGGUUUCCCAGACAAAGUUGAAAGUGCAAAACAAGCUGUUCUUCAAGAACUCAAUAACCUGCAUCAGAAAGUUGAGGCAGGGGCUAUAUUUCCAUCUGAAGUUGCUUUGCCAGUUCAAAAAGAAGUUACUUUGGCACGUGAAUCCAGUCAGCUAUCUCAGGAGCAAACCCUGCAGCAGAUCACUCUAUUAAAUAUGGAUUCAGUAUUACAAGAAAUAAAGGAUGUUCAAAGCUCCGUUGAAGAUGAAAUUCGGAAAUGUGAGGAUUUGCAAACAUCUGCAGAGUUAUGUGAAAGCCUGAGCCCUGUAGAUUUUCAAGAAUUUCACUCUACUCUCUAUGACUUCAAAGCAAACUUAAAGGAAACAAACAAAGAUGUAAAAGAACGAGAGGCUGUAUUGAAAGUCUUGAAAAAGUUCCUUUUUUCACUGAAGACUGCUAAGUUAAACAUUGAAGAGCAGUCUGUAGUGCUGGAAAGGGACAGACCAGCCUUAGAAGAUAAGCAGACUAAUCUAACAAUCUUGGAGAAGGAAGUAUUUCGAUUGGAGCAAGAAGCUCAGCUGCUGGAUGGUUCUCUAGAAAUGGCAGGUGUCUAUUUAGAGGAUCCAGUAAGUGGAGGAAAAACAUCCUGCCAGGACCUGAUAGGUGGCUUCUCAGAGAGAGUUGGAAGUGCAAAGGAAAAUAUUCUGCAGGAGCUCAGAAACCUGCAGUGGAGAGAAGACUUAGAGAAGCUUGCUGUUAGACAAAAGGAGCUCUGCAAAUGUGUCCAAGACAUUUAUGACAAGGUUGAUCAAAUUGGCUUAAGUGAUCCAACAAUACAUUCUGUACAGCAAAGAUUGAAACAUUUGGAUGAGCUGGAAAAGGAAUUGGAUUCACAUGUUAAUGAGAAAAUGGAUAUUUCUAAAGGCCUAACUGACCUUCUGCAAAUUGCACAAGGAAAAGAUUUCAUAGGAGAUGAAGACACAGAGACUUUGUGGGAGGAUGCAAGGCAGCAUAUUAUUUACUGCAAAGAGCAAUGUGAGAAGGUGAUGGAACUUCUGCGCAAAUUUCAGAAAUGCAAAGCAACAUUGUCAUCUUUAAUUCAGAAAGGGGAAAUCACAGUAUCACAGCAGUCAUCCUACAUGGGAAAAGAAAAUGUUCACAAAAAGCUGACUGAAGUCGAUGCCGUGAAGCAGGAAUUUAAUGAGCAUUCAGAAAAUAUUGAUGAGCUAAGCAGCAUCUGUAAAAAACUGCAGUUCCACCUUAGUAGAAUGAAAAGUUGUGGAAACCCACCAUUUCAGGAUGAAGCCCACAUGAUUGUGGACAAAUGGUUGGAUGCAAAUGAAAAAUUGGACAGCUAUAGUGAUAAUCUGAAAAGUGCUUCCUGUCUAUGGAAUAAAAUCCUUCAGUUAUCAGAGGACAUUGAUCAGUGGGCUGAGUGCAAGAUCAAAUAUUGUAAAGGUUCUGUGCUAACAGAGCAUGAUGUUUUAUCAUUAAAAGCUGAACUUCAGCUUCAUGUAGAAAAAAUAGAAGACGUCAGUGCAAAAUCCUUUCAAAUACAGAAGAUUUUGGAAUUAUCUGAUCCUCCACUAGAGUUACAGGUGAUUAAAACCUCUCUUCUGAAAAAAAUGGACCAAAUCCACGAGUAUUCAGGAAGAGAACCUGGAGGAGAUAGCCAUGGGUCCCAGUCAAUGAAAGGCUUGAAAGCAAAUGAAUCAACUCAGGUGGAUGCACCCCAUUCAAAUGGUUUAUUUUGGGACAAUGCAGAUAAAACAGAAGACUUUGAAAGCCUGGGUAAUGCUUUGAAGAACGGGGCUAUGGAAGGCGAACUGGAGGAUCAGCAAACUGAUGUGCAAGUAUAUGCCAUGUCUUCAGACACUACAGCAGUUUUGCAAAGGGCUUCCCAUCAGAAAGGAUCUGAAACCUCCAUUCCAAAUAAAGGUAUUGAAGCUUUACGGCUGCAACUGUCUGAUUUAAUGAAGAGGAAGGAAUAUUUGUUCUCCAAUCUUCAGCCCGGGUUACAGGAGAAAGUAGAACAGCUGGAAAGCUUUACGUGCUUCUUGCAGGAAGUAAAUGAUUUUAGUGAUACCUUGGCGGUGUUGAAACCAAAGGAUUCUACUGCUGCACUUGACUCUGGUGUAGAUGAGUGGGCAGACAUACAAUAUGUUCACAAACACCUUAUCAAACAACUACAGGAUACAAGACAAAUACUAGAAAACCAAGUUCACAGACAUGAGCAAUAUGAAGUCCUCAUAACCACUCUAAAUAGCAAAAUGGCUGGUUUUUCUCAAGAGCUUCUUAAUUUUACGGGCUCAUCUUGGGAAAGCGCAGCAGGCGAGCAGAGGAGACAGAAAUUACAGAAGCUUCAUGUGUGGAUUAGAGAGAUGGACACAGAUCUAAUGCAAAUACUGGAAUUAGCGGAGCAGGUUAAACAGAGCACAUCUGCACCAGGAGUCAAGGGCAUUCAAGAGGCAACAAGGAAGUUUCAGAUUAAAAUUGGAGAUCUGGAAAAAAAGCUGCAAAGUCUAAAGCAUGAUAGGUCAUCUCCUCCGUCACUCAAGGGCAAUAAAGAGAUACUAGCACAGAUGGCUCCGGAGGCAGUGCUUCCAAUACAAAUUGACAGUGUUACAGCAGUCACAAAAGUUGGAAAAGGAAGAAAAAAGAAAAAACUGUCUGCUGAACACACUCCCAAAGAGCCGGAAGAGUCAGGAAAGGCGGAAAUUUCAGCAAGAGCCCAAGAGAACAACGACUCAACAAAACAAAAGGAGCAGACUUUUCCCGUGAUGUUGAGCAUUUGUGACAGUGGUUUUAACCAGACUGAAGACUUUUUUAGGAAUCUUUUGGAAUGGCUUCAGAAUUCAAGAAUAAAGCUUCAAAUGUACAAAAACAGCCAAUGCGAUGAGGAAAGAUUAAAUGAGAAAAUAGACACAGUACAGAAUAUGUACGAUGAAAUUGUUCAGAAGAAAAUUGAUCUUCAAGCAAUGGACAAGAAAAGUGAGAAAGUGGAGACAAAAUCAUUAAAAGAAAGCGAAGAAGUAGAAAGGUGGCAACAAGAGGCCACAGGUCAACUCGAGCACCUUUUGCUUGACUGUGAUGCAUACAAGAGGCAAUUGGAAACAUCACUGACUGAUUUAGCCAUCUGUGCCAAUGAAAUCCAUGACAUUUUAAGCCUACUAAACACUGUGGAAGAGAAGCUAAUUAGCAGUGAAUCCAUUUCAGAUGACAAAGAAAAAGCCUCCCUUCUGCAUGAGAUCCAGCCACUUUAUGAAGAAGUAAAGGCUUAUAUUGGACGUCUGGACCAAGUGUAUAACCAGGCUGUUUGUCAGAACAUUUCCUGCAGGGCCUCCACUGGGAGAAAACAUCUGAACAAGAAAUUUAAACUAGUAACUAAAAAGAUGAUGUAUUUUUCCAAACCUGAUGACACGGAACUUAAGCUUAAAGUCGAGAGAGUUCAGAAUGGAGAAAGCUGUGUUAGAAAAAAGACUCUAAAGAAGAAACAAGCAAGUUCAUCUAAAAAGAAAACAGACAAUCGCCCAACUGAGAGUGGGAAUCUGUUGCCCUCAGAUGAGAUGCAGGCAGAAGAUGGGACCUCAGCUCAGGAACUAACACCUCUUAAUGAGCAAUAUCAGAAGAACCUAGAAGAUAUUCUUUCCAGAAUUCAAGUAUUUGAUUCUAUUGAGGAGGUACAUAGUCCACCCAAGGAGACAACCUUGGAAUGGUUGGCUCACCAGAGUAAGGUCCAGUUAACUGGUGAUGGUACUAAACAGAACAGAGAAGAUAAUCAAGAACCACUUGACAUUGCCAAUGUUGUAAAGGAAGUAAAUUUCUUGAAAAAACAGCCAGUAGUUUUGGAAACAGAAUGGCAAGUUCAGGAAAUUGAAAAACUUUGUGAUAUUUUACGACAGCCCUUAAUGGAAGGAACAUCAACAGUCCAAUUGGAAACAAUGUCUGCUGUCAGUUUUAAUGCUGAAUCCAAAAGGGAAGGCUUACUCUCUGAUCUGGAGGCACUUAGGACACAAAAGCAAAGGGAUGCUCAGUCGAUCAGAGAAUUUUACAAUGCGCUAUAUGCAGCCAAACAGUCUCUACAGAUGCUGUUAAAGGAGAAGGAAAUGGGGCCAUCAGAGAGUCUUACCAAGCAUUUGGACAGAAUAAAUGAUUUAAUGGCCAGAGUACUGAAAGAAAAGGAAAAACUGCACAACCUACUUUCUGAAUAUCCAGAUAUCUGCUGUCUUUUCAUUUCUUCCAUGGAUAAGGAGAAAAUAGACAGUGAAAUGAAUCAGCUUGAACAAGACUGGGAGCAAACGGAAGCAACUCUCCAAAAGAAACAGGAUCUUUUAAUAAAAGAAACUGAGCAACUAACAUUUCUUAAGAAGAGAGUAACUCAGGUGGAGCAAAUGAUACAAGCACAACAGGAAACUGCUGUUGGUCCUUCUGAAAAGGAGUGUCUCCACACUUCACUUCUUUUGGCAGCAGACUUACAAACUACUAAACAUUUGCUUGCAUCAUUAAGGAAUGUCUAUGAUAUUCAGAUGAAGAGAUCAUGUGAACAAUAUGAUUAUGCAAGUUUAGAAAGUUCUUUGGAUGAGUUGCAAAAUCAACUAGACAGUUUGGAGCAUUGUACAAGCGACUGUCAGAUUACAUCGUCUGGAAUGCCAGUUGUCUUAGUAGAGCAGUAUCCUUUAAUAAAACCAUUCUAUUUUGCUCUUUUAUGGGUGAAGAAAUCACAUAGUGAUGCUAAGUUGGAUCAUAAUAUUCCACUUUUGCCAGAUGCCGUUGAACAGCAGGUCAUAGACUGUAUUACCUUGCAAGAAAAAAUUGUGGACAAAAAGAGGACUGUUGACUCCAGUAUUGAGGAGCUAAAGCAUAUAUUACCAAGCAUGGAUCCACCAGUUUCUGAAGCUUUAAGUUCAUUCUUUCAUCAAUUGCAACUAUUAUAUCAGGAACGACAUAUGCUCUCAGUAGAGAGAUUACAGCAGUUACAGAAUGGGCUUAAAAAAAGAAAAACCUUCUUUUCAGAAAUUGAAAAGCUUAAGGAAUUACUGCAAUACCUGGAAAAAGAAGCGGCACCAGUCAAAAAGGGAAUAUUUACAGCUUCAGAAUUAUGUGAGCAGCUAAAUUAUUUGAAGGCCAGGAUAACGCAGUGUGAGGAAAUUGAAGGUCUUGCCUUGACACUUCUCAGAAGCAGCCAGAAUUUUUAUGGUGAACUGCAAAUGGCUGAGCAGUUGUAUUUAAAUGAUAUAUUAAGAAGUCUGAAGAGCAGAGCUAACAGAAUUCGUAGACUAGAAGAGAGGAAGAUUUCUUACAUUGAAAAAGUUUUAAGUAUCUUCAGUGAGUUUCAAGAAAAGACAAGCUCCUUGGGUCAGGAAUUAAAUUUAGUGCAAGGUCUUGAGUUACAGCUUCUUAACAAUGAGGUAGAAAGCAUUGGGAAGGAUUCUGGAAGCAAGGUAGAAAUUUCUCAAAAUGCUGCCCCAUUAUAUGAAGAUCAUUUAUCUGAAAUAAGUAGGUACAAAGAAAUGUUCGAAGAUAAUGGACUUCAGUGGGACGAUUCUAUUGUCAGCAAGUUACAGAGCAAAUUUUCAAGUUUUGCCAAAAAGCCUGUUGGCCCGAAAGAACCACCUAAAGCCGAACAAAUUAAAUAUUCAGAAUUGGUAAAAAAAAUUAAAGUCAUGACAUUAUCUGUAGAACAAGAAAUAGCCUCCAUCUUAAGUGGGUUUGACUGUGUUGAAGCCCAAGUUGUAUGUGCAAAAAUUAAGAAAAUAACCAGCCUUAUUCCUGAAGCAGUUUCUGCACUGCAAGACCAGAUGCCUCCCAGUGACCAGGUCACUCAUUCUGAAGAACAAAAAUUAAAAGGUUUAAAUGAAAAUUUGAAUCAGUUACAUGAAUAUCUCUGCCAACAUAUUGCUGAAAUGCAAAGAGAGAGAGGACAGAAUGGAAAUUCCCACCUCCCAUUGUCAAACCUAAAGAAAAUUGACAAAGAUUUGAAGGAGCCUUUAGUGAUCGAGUUGGACAUAAAUAAGACCCAAGAGCUACUGAUCAAAUAUGAAACCCUAAAGAAAAUAUGCCAAUCAGAAAUAAAUGACAUAAGGUCCACAGUGCAGCCUAAUACCAAUGUGCAAUUCCAUGAAUUAGAUGGUAUUGAAAAAAGCAUUGAGGAGAACAUCUCAUUACACAUUAACAUGGUUCAAGAUUCCUGCAAUACACUUCAGAAACUUCAUAACGCCAUUGCCAAAGUGCUGGAGCUCUUUAUACAGUUUGAAACUCAACUGUGUGACACUUCUGUGAAUCUCACUGCACUUCCGGAUGGAUCAGAGCUCAAAAAUGUGCUUUCCUCGAAAGAGAAUUUAAAUUCCUUAAUAGCUGAAAUUCAAACACUGUCCAACCAGGCGAAAAUAAGUUGUAACCAAGAAGCAAAGGAACUGCUGGAUAACAUUAUGAGAGAGAUCAUAACCAGGAAUGCUCUGCUGGCCACAUUGUAUGACAGAAGGAAAUCUCACUUGGAAAGCUGCCAAGGAAAAUAUCUGAUCUAUAAAGAAAUAUCAAAUAAAAUCUCCAAUGAUCUUAAAGAGUUGGAAACAGUUAUUAGUGAUACUUCUUCCCAAAAGCCAGUGUCCUACAAAGAAGCACUAGUUUGCUGGGAGAGAGGCAAGGCUUUGGUUACAAAAUUAUACACCUGUGAAGAGGAGUUGCUGAACCUCAGGCAUGUGGCUGGAGAACUUGGUUCAGUGUUCAAAGAAAACGACUUCCGCUUUGUUGAAAAAACAGUGAUGACAUUAUGGGAUAAAUGGCUGUAUUUACUUGAUAUUGCUCAAAACUGGGAGCUGCAUUGUGAAGAACAGAGACAAGAAUGGAAAUUAAUUCAUGAAAAGAUGGAAAGAGAGAUGAUACUUCUGGACAAAUUCCAAGAGGAGUCACCAGAUAAGCUGGAAAAGAAGGAAGACACUUGUCAUCUUCUAGAUUCAGUGCAGGAGUUCAAACACUUUAUGGAAAAUCUGAAGAUUCAGCAGCUCCAGCUUUCUCUUAUUAUGUUUCGAAUACAAAAUAUCCAAAGUACUCCAGAAAAUACUACAGAGAUCGAACUGAUUCCAGUUAUCCAAGAAAUUCAAUCAAUGAAGAAGAAGUGUGAAAAACUGCAACACAAGGCUUCAGUAAAAGAGCAAGGUUUACGCACUGAGCUGCAGGAAAGAAAGAUGGUGAAAGAAGACAUUGCCAACAUAAGAAAAUCAAUGCAGGAAGCUUCAUCUGCAAUAGAGAGGAUGGAGACAGCAGAUUCAGCUGAGAAAAAGGAGCAACUCAAGAAACUCCAGACUGUGAUCGAUUCAGAAGGGGAAAAAUUAAAUAGUUUUAUGGAAAAACUCAGAAUCCAGUAUUGUGGGACCAUUCCUGAUGAGCUUUUAUCUCUGGUUGAAGAUUGCCAGGACUACUGGAAAGAAACAGAAGAGAAGGUCAAAACGGAAAUAGCACAGAGCUCUCCUUACUACAUUAUGACCAAGAAGAAAGAGGAGAUAAUGUCUGGCCUGAAGAACAUUGAAAUUCUCUUAGCACAGAAAAGUGAAAACAUUAGCAAAGCCAAAGAUCUUGGGAAGCAAAUGUGGGAUGAAAUGGAUGUAUGGCGAGGCAAACUGAACGCAUUGGAAUCUGAGGUUCAUGAUAUGGGAGAAGAAGACCCUAGCUUGAUGCAAGAAUGGAUGGACAACCUAACAGAGCCAUUUAACCAAUGCCAGCAGGUAUCAUACCUUGUGGAACGCAGAACCGCUAACUUGAACAAGGCAGCUAGCAAGCUAGAAGAGUAUGAAGAAACAUUAAAGAGUAUGGAAUGCUGGAUACAAAACACUGAUAAGCUGUUGAAUGAAGAAAUGAAGAAUUGUUCUGCAAAAGUUUUAAGCAAACAUGUUGCUGCACUAGAGAUGGCUUUGGAUGAUUCUGAUCAGAGGCAGAGUAUUCUGGGGAAUAUACACACUGAGCUGGGUGAAUUAGCAGUGAUCUUUGAAACAGACAGCACAGCAAAACGCCUAAGUGAGAUUAGCAGCCAUGUGACUGAGCUUCAGAAAAGAAUUGUGGCCAUUUUACCUGUGAUCCAAUAUGUGGCAGAUGAGUCAGGCGUUAUUGAAGGAUCGUUGAAGGCAAUGGCAAAAAAAACAGAAACAAUAAAGACUAUUUUGACAUCUAAUGAUAUUGUUGACAUGUCACCCAAAGAACAUUAUAAAAAUGGAGAGGUUAUUCUACAGAACAUUGUGUCAAUGCAGAGGGCAGUUGCUGAGAUUGAAGAUUAUAGACCAAGUAUCACGUUAAUAGAUGCUGGAGUUCACUCUCUAUCUGCAUUCAGAAAAACAGGACAGCUUAUGAAAGAGCUAGAGGUGUUGGAAAAAGCAACCAAAGAACAAAACAAUCUCCUUGAGCCAAUCAUUACUGAAAUGACAGAGCUGGAACAGGAGCAGGAGAAAUUUAAGCACCGCCCCAAGCAUUCCACAACUGAAGCCAUGGAUAUAAAGGAAAAAUGUGAAACAAUAAAGGAAAAACUAGAUGGAUUAAACCAAAAGAAAGAAGAAGUUUUGUCACUUUCACGGACCUUGAUCAAUGAACAGCUUGAACAUUUACUGCUGGAACAAGAGAUGGAGGCAGAGAGUUCUAUAGUACCAGAAGAGACAAACACCAGCAGCAGUAUGGCUCUGCACACCCAGGUUCAAAGAGCAGAUUACUACAUUUUACCAUCAGUGGUUGAAGAAGCAGAAGAAGUCUCUUUUAGUUCUGAGGCAGAAGAAGAUGAAACAGUUCCCAGCCAACAAGAUGACCAUAAGGAAUCUGAGGGUGAAAAUAAAGUAUGCAAGAUCCAGUUGCCCUUAUUUGGCUCCUCCCAGAGGGAAGAAGGUAACACCUCGGGUGACAUGCAUACAGACUUGGAGAUGAUCCUGUGUGAGUGUCAGCAAAGGGUAACAGAGGUUGAGCUCUGGCUGCAAAGGUUAAAUCUAUCAUUAGAAUCAAGCAAACACGACUGUGAAAUGCAGCAGAUAGUGGAACAGCAACUUGCAGACUGCCAGAAUACGUUACAGGAGAUUGAAAAGAAGAUCUGUGCUUUAUUGGAAGGGGACAAACACAGGAACUUGGAAAAUGGGGCAGUGUUCAAAGAGGCUGAAACUUUGUCCUUAAAGCUGAAGUCACUUAAAAGCAGUUUAGAAAAUGUACAGACAAUGCUGCAAGUCAAACCCAGUAACGAACAGGUUCGAAAUAAAGAGAAUGUGUCAUUAAGGAUGGAGGAGGCUGUUCAUUCAGAGGAGCAGAGAGGCCCUCAGCCUGACCCUAUAGACAAACCCAGAGUCUCUGGCGCAUCUGCAUCUAUAGAAGUACCUGGAGAAACACACUCAUGGGACAAGGUCAGCUCUGAGCAAGUAAUAAUGGGAUCACCUUCAAGGAGUCAGAGUUUGGGACAAGUAUCAGAAAUAAAUGCUGCACCCCACAGCAAUAUACCCAUAUCUGCAAAAAAGGGUGUAUGUUGGAGCAAGUGGCGUUAUUUGCAAAAAGAACUGUCAUGUAGAAUAAAUUAUAUGAAUAAGCCAGUGUGUGCCAAAGAAGUUAAAAUAAGCAUUGUACCAAGGUUUUCUAUGACAAGGACAAAAUCACCAGUUACUGAAGAACUGCAUAAUAUGACAAGUCAGCUAAACUCCCUGGCCAAAGAAGUUUCUGCUCUCAGUAGUCAGGAAAAAGAACGUUAUAUCCUGGAAUCACUAUUUUCCUGGCUUUAUGCUUUUUCACAAUGGCUGCAAAACACAGAUGAAAUAUUAGCCAGAGAGGUUUUUUCCAAAGAGGAAGCAGUGUCAGAGCAGGUCCUGUAUGAGAAACUGACAGAAGAAUUAGAUACUCUGCAAGAAACUAUGACAAAUAAUAAAGAAGCUCUCUUAAAGCCAGUCUCCCAUAAUGAUGAAAGUGCAGCAGUAUUAUCACAGUGUUACAGUGAUAUGUGGGCUUGGCUAUUGCAGACUCGUACUGCUGCUGAAUCCAAAGUAAAAUGUAUACAGACAGAGCUGGAAAAACACAGCUUAUACCAGAACGAUAUACAGCAGUUAUAUGAGUCUCUGCUUGAAAUCAAGUCUGAAAUAUCAAAAGAAUCCAGAAAUGCUGGACAGACUUCUGAGCUACUUCAGAAAUCUGUUACAUUUGAGUUGGAGCUCAAAAAAUUUGACGGUCAAUUGCCUUUACUUAAAGAAAAAGGAGAGACGCUCUCUCUACCUGUGGCCUUGAACCAAGAAAUGCACAAAGUAGAGGAAGUGCUGAAUGAUACUUGGAGGAUUUUACGAGCCAAACAGGAACAGUGGACGAGUGCCUCUGUAAACAAAUCCCAGUGGAACACACUGCGUUGUGGGAUUGUAGAUCUACUGGAAGUUGGGAAAGAAAAGGUUUCCAGCAGUAAGGACCAUCAGCCAAUGUGUAUUGAAGCCCUUACCUCACAAUUAGAACAGUAUAGGAACUUUUUCAACAUGCUGGAUAAUCAGGUAAUUUUAGAGCAGAGUUACUUCUCAAAAAUCCCUCAGGAAGAACUCAGCAAGGACAUCCAAGAAAGCCUUGUGUAUGAUACCAGAUCACUGCAGGAGGAAGCUGAGCCACAUGGAAUUCAUAUGAAGAGCACAUUAAGGAACUGGAGAGACUUUGAUUUAAGGCAUGACCAUUUCAACAAAGAUUUAGAAAAUCUAAUGUCUCUUGUCCCAGCUAUUGGCUUGGUGGAGGAGUCAGAAGAAAGAGUUACAGAAAGGAUCCACCAAUAUCAGCACAUACAAAGACAUAUUGAUGAUGGAGAGUCCAGGCUGCGUCAGGUUAUUGCUGAUGGGAAAAAACUGAUCACUGUGGUAAAUUGUCCGAAGCUGGAAACCCAAAUUAAAAAACUAGAAAAACAAUGGUCUCAGUUAACUCAGAAAGUCACCCAUGAGUUGCAUCGCCUGGAAUCCCUCCUCAAACAGUUGGGCAGCUACAAUAGGGAUUCAGCAGAAUUAUCAGCAUGGUUUGAGUCCGCUCAUCAGAGGUUGAACAGCUGGAAGCUGCAAUCCCUGGAUGUCUCUCAGGAUUUAGAAACUGUCAGAAACAAUCUCACCAAUUUUUUUGAAUUCACAAAUGAAAUUGAUCAGAAAUCUUCCUUAAAGACUUCGGUGCUAAGCACUGGUUUCCAACUCCUACGCCUAAAGGAAUCUGAUACUGCAGUUCUGAAAGUCAGCUUGGCAAAUUUUGAGGAGAAGUGGGCAGAUCUCAUGGCAGGGCUGCCAGCUGUCCAAGAAAAACUUCAGCAGCUUUUAAUGGAAAAGCUCCCAUCUCGAGAGGCUAUUUUUGAAUUGAUGCUUUGGAUGGAUAAAGCAGAAUAUGCCAAGGAUACUGUUGAUAAAGAAAAAAAACAGAAAUCUGCAUCUCACGUACGUUCAUUUCUUCAGCAAUGUAAGGACUUCAGAAAAGAAAUGAACCACAAACAGUGCAUUGUUGAUUUUGUGAACCAGUCAUUACUUCAGUUGAGUGCUGGGGAUGUGGAAAGUAAAAGGUAUGAGAAAACAGAAUUUGCAGAAUGCCUGGGCACCAUGAACCUACAGUGGCACCAAAUGCAAGGCAAUCUCAAUAGAAAGAUUCAGCAACUGGAACGUACUCUGGACAUUACAACAGAAAAGGAAAAUGAAAUGAAAGCUUUAAGCAACUGGUUUGAUGUCCAACAGCAGAGAGUGGAGAAAUUAAAAAGGCCAAUAAGUAAAUUGGCUGCUGAGUGCACCCUGGCUGACUGCAAGGAGCUGGAUAAGCAACUUAUUAUGAAAUCAAGAACGGUAGAAAACCUGAAGAAGGACUUGGUGCCGAUUGUUAUUGAUGACCAGAGUCAAAAGGAAAGCUGUGCUGUGACAGAAACUUUAUUAAAAAAGAGAGACUCUAUUACCAGCCAGGUUGCAGAACUGAAAUCCCACAUGGGCUCUAUCCUACAGCACUGGAAAACAUAUGAUGAAAAUUAUGAAGACUUGAACAAGUUGACAGUCAAAAUAAUUUAUAUUUUAGGACAAAACAAACCAUCUGUGUCCUCCCAGCCUAUGCUAAGGAACCGGUUAAAAAGACUGCAGUCUCUGUUGGAGGAGGUGGAACAACAGGAAGAGAAAUGGAUCAAGCUCAGACUUUCUAUGGAUAGCAUGGCAGACUUGUGCAGUCCAUCAGUUGUAGUUAUCUUGCAGGAGAAGCAAUCGGAGGCACGUGCAAGGUGGGACACAGCACAUCAAGAACUUGCGUGCCACAUACAGGCUGCACAGAUCUUACUACAGCUAUGGGAGCAGUACCACAAUUCCUACCUAGAACACACACAAAAGCUAGAGCAGCUUGAAGAAAAAUGCAGUGAGCUGGUAUAUGCUAAGAUUUCUGAAGACAAGGAGACUGACACCUUGCAGCGGAAGAUACAGGAUCUGCAGGAGUAUAAUCAAGCUCUUCGGGAGUUAAGAUCACGUGUCACGCAGGUGUUAGAGCUGGCAGAUAAAGUGUUAGAGCAAGAUCCUGCCGCUUCCGAUAUUAUUCUUUCUGAGAGAUUAGACUCUUCUCAGAGAAUAGCUGCCUUGGAAAGAAGAGCAGCGUCCAGAUCUGCUGAACUGACGUUGAUUAUGAAUGAUGUUAAGGCAUUCAAGAAAAACCUGGAGACCAUUCAAGCACAAGUACAGUCAUCUGCUAAUAUUGUUAGCACUAUUUUCUUGUCUGGGAAAGAGAGGGAAGAAAAAUCAGAUGUAAUAAAGCAACAGCUUUUAGAGCUCAGUGAAUUAUCUUCAGACAUUGAGCAUUUGAAUGAGGAGAGCUUCACACUUCCACUUGAUGAUGCGACUCUGAAGCUGCUGCUGAAUCUAAAUCGUUUGUGGACAAAAACUACGGAAAGUGCCCUGGAAGAAUGCAGAGAACACCAGAUAAAUCAAAUGGAAGAAAAUAACUUUGUUCAAAACUAUAAAGCCUGGUUGCACUCUCUUGAGAAGCUGGAGGACAAUCUCACUGGAGGAAUAGCAGGAACUUUUGUAGAGUUAAAGCAGCAACAGUGCACUUAUGAGAGACUUCUGGCUGAAAUUGCUAUAAAUGAACACAUCUUACCCUGUUUCAUAAGAAAAGCAUUGACGCUGUUAGAAGCAGAAGAAGAAAACAGUUCUGAGUUGAUUUUAAAGCUCACAGCCCUGAAAGAGAAAUGGCAGAGUGUUAUUAGUCUGGUCCAUCAAAGAAAAAGGGAGAUAGAUGCCCUGCUCAAGCAGUGGUGUUUCCUCAACUGCUCCAGGCAGCGGCUUGGAAAUAGCCUUGCUGAGAUACAAAAUGAUAUGGCAAGUGUGAGCAAUGAGAAAUGUCACAGUCUGUUCCAGACAAGAAAAAUGACACAUGACUUCAAGAGUAAAGAACUGCACCUAAGCAGAUGGAGGAACAUCUAUUCCACAGCUCUAGAUCAUGGCAAAGACUUGGUGUCAGUGGCUCACCCUGAAAGCAAAAAUGCCUUGAAACAUGAUGUCACCCAACUGCAGGAACAAUGGGAAAGCACACAGCAGCAGUUACAGGCAAUUCUGAGCCAAAACACUGCCACUCUUCAGAAAUGGCAGAGCUUUGCAUGGACUGCCGAGGACAGAAGGAACAGUCUUCACGAGCAGAAGCUCAGAAUAAAUGAACCUCUUCCUAUACUGCAUGAAGAGCUACAGAAGGCUAAAGAAUCCAUAAAGGAGCUGGAGGAGUCGCUGGCUGAGUGGAAGCAGAGUUUACAGGAGCUCAGCAACAUGAAAUCAGACUUAUCCCAGUAUAUCCUGGCUGAGGAUGGAGUGGUUCUAAAGAAGCAGAUUGAGGCUCUGCAUGUGCAGUGGGAAGAGCUGUGCCUCAGGGUGUCUGUGCGGAAGCAGGAGAUAGAGGACAGGUUGAAUGCCUGGAAUGUGUUCAAUGAAAAGAAUAAAGAGCUGUGUGAAUGGCUGACGCAAAUGGAAAGCAAAGUGUUGCAAACAGCAGACGUCAACAUCGAAGAAAUGAUAGAGAAACUGCAGAAGGACUGUAUGGAAGAAAUUAACCUUUUCAGUGAGAACAAGCAUCACUUGAAACAAAUAGGUGACCAGCUGAUCAUCGCAAGCAACAAAGCAAGGGCUACAGAAAUUGACAACAAGCUCAAUAAAAUCAAUGAACGUUGGCAGCACCUCUUUGAUAUUAUUAACUCACGGGUAAAGAAACUGAAAGAAACACUUGUGAUUAUACAGCAAUUAGACAAAAAUAUGAGUAACCUCCGUACCUGGUUGGCCCAGAUUGAAUCUGAAUUAUCCAAGCCUGUCAUCUACAGCAUAUGCAAUGACCAAGAAAUACAAAAGAAGCUUUCUGAGCAACAGGACCUACACAAAGAUAUUGAGCUGCACAGUUCUGGUGUUGCCUCUGUGUUAAAUAUUUGUGAGCGUCUUCUUCAUGAUACUGAUGCAUGUGCAAAUGAAACAGAGUGUGACUCCAUCCAGCAGACAACAAGGAGUCUUGAUAAACGGUGGCGAAACAUCUGUGCAAUGUCCAUGGAGAGACGACUGAGAAUUGAGGAAACCUGGCGCUUAUGGCAGAAAUUCUUAGAAGACUAUUCACGAUUUGACGAUUGGCUUAAAGAAGCGGAAGCUACAGCUGCUUCCCCUGAGUCCUCUGAAGUGUUAUAUACACGUGCAAAAGAAGAACAGAAGAGGUUUGAGGCAUUCCAGAGACAAAUCCAUGAACGCCUUACUCACCUUGAGUUGGUCAAUAAGCAGUACAGGAGACUGGCCCGGGAGAACCGUACAGAUGCCGCCAGUAAGCUCAAGCACAUGGUACACCAAGGAAAUCAGCGAUGGGACAGCCUCCAGAAACGAGUGGCUGCCAUUCUCAAAAGACUCAAGCACUUUACCAGUCAAAGAGAAGAGUUUGAGGGAACAAGAGACUCUAUCCUUGUCUGGCUGACUGAGAUGGACCUUCAGCUUACUAAUGUGGAGCAUUUCUCUGAAAGUGAUAUUGAAGAAAAGAUGCGCCAGUUAAAUGAAUUUCAGCAGCAGAUCACACUGAACAUCAACAAGAUAGAUGAUCUUAUUGUUUCCGGAGAGCACCUCAUACAGAAAAGUGAGAUGAUGGAUGCAGUGGUCAUUGAAGAAGAAAUAGAAGAAAUGCUCAAAUACCGCCAAGAAGUUUUUGGGCGGGUGUCUCGAUUCCACCAAAGACUGACCUCCAGAAAUCUGCUGUUAGAUGAAGAAAGGGAAACCUCUGAAAAUGAUACAGAUGCAGAAGAUUCAAGAGAGCUGCAAAAUUCUUCAUGGCAUUCGGCAAUCCAUGGAUCUGAAACUUCUCAUCCGUCCAUCUGCCACUUGAUGCCUCCAAACCUUCCUCAUGAUAGAUCUGGCCGUGAAACUCCUGUCAGCGUGGACUCAAUUCCACUUGAAUGGGACCAUACUGGCGAUGUUGGGGGGUCAUCUUCACAUGAAGAUGAUGAAGAAGGCACUUACUUCACUGCUUUAUCAGAUGUAGAAAUUCCAGAAAAUCCUGAGGCUUAUCUCAUAAUGACCACAAAAUCUGUUCAAGAAUCUUCUGGUCAACCUGAUGUCAAAGUUACUCCUUGGCAUUCUCCUGGCAAACGGAGGUCUCACAGAAAGCAUUCAGAGCGCGAGCAUACAAAGGGACCCGUCACAGCUACAACUGGAACAAACACAACUUUUGAUCUGGCAGAUUCCGUAAUGAGCACUGCUGGCAUAGAAGGCAGCCAACAUACAGCAUCAAGUGCUGAAAAUGAGCAACGUAAGGAGAAGGGCCUUUUGGGUACAGCAAGUCCAGAGACAUAUACAGGUGUGAUCGAGCGAUGGGAAAUUUUCCAGGCUCAAAGCCUAAGUGAUGAACUACGAAUGAAGCAAAGCUUACAACAAUGGCAGCAAUUAAACUCUGACUUCAGUGAUAUCACUCUGUGGCUAGAUAAGAUGGAGACUGAUUUCAACAGUAUGAGCAAAGUGAAACCGGCAUGCACCAUACAAGAACUCCAACAGAAAGUAAUAAAGCUAAAGGAUACACUAAAAGCAUUUGAUAACUUUAAAGCUCUGGUGAUCUCCGCUAACCUUAGCUGUAAAGAACUCCAACAUGAAAAUGAUUCAGAAUCUGGAGAUGUUCUGAACAGACUUCAUGGGGUGAACCUGCGCUGGGAUAAAGCAUGCCAUGAACGGGACAAAUGGAAGGAGAGUUUACAGAGAGAGCUAAUGCAAUGUGAGGAGUUUCACGGAACAACUGAUAAGCUCUUACUUUGGCUAACAAAAGCGGAAGAAAGGAGACUAAGAAAUAAAGUCACAGACAUCACUGUGGAUCCAGAUGUACUCCUGGAAAGACAAAAUGAGCUAUUGCAACUAGAAGAUGAUCUACUAGGACUGCAAGGGCAAGUCAACACUUUACAAGAUAUUUCCUGUUGCCUGCUGAAUAAAACAGCAGGGGAUGAGCACAAUGAAGCCGAAGAGAAGGUUCGAGUGGUGGGAAUGAAACUGCGACAGCUAUUAAAAGGGGUUUCUCAAGAGUUGCAGACUGCCCAGCAAGCCCUGGAUUAUUCUCCACAUCAUGGAAUUGAUUCCCUGGAUUCAGGACCCUCAGAGAGUCAGGCUGAAGUGGAAGCAGCAUCAAAAAGCACGGCAAGGAUUACUGAACAGUCAAGCUCAGUCCAAGAGGUUCCCAAGAAGCGGUCGUUGUUCUAUCGAGUGCUGAGAGCAGCUUUUCCAUUCCAGCUUUUGUUGCUUCUGCUGUUGCUCCUUGCAUGCAUGAUCCCAUUCUCAGAAGAAGACUUUAGCUGUGCUCAUGCAAACAACUUUGCCAGGUCCUUUUACCCAAUGCUCAGAUACACCAAUGGACCUCCCCCAACAUAACAUGCAAGAGAAUCAAGUGGAUUAAGUGAAUUUCAAACCAGCAAGGUUACAUUCUAUCCGUGUCUCUAGCCAGACUUGAACAAUAUCAUGUAGGAUACCAUGAAACUGUUGUCUAACGACAGUGCUCCAAGGAAAUGACCCUAAGAAGCUAAUCAUGUUCUGCAUGCACAUAGUAACUUUAUAAGUGGUGGCAAGUCACACAAAUGCCAUGUUAAACGCCUAGCAAAGCAAUAACAUGUUUUUGUUUUUAAUUUUCCAUAGUUUUAUGUAAAUGACUCUAAGGAGAUUUUACUGCAUGGACAUGGCUGUAAUGUGUUUUUAUUUAUGCAGAAUUGUAAUAUGUUAAUUACUGUGUAAAUUAGCUCCUAUUUUGCUAUAUAUGGAUAUAUCUUUACCAAAAAAUUAGAUGUACAGUUUGAUUUGUUGUUUUUUUUAUUAUUAUUCAGGUUUUUCUCCUUCCAGGUUGUACAAUAGUCAGAUGUUUUAUGUUACUCUUUCAAGCCAUUUAGAAACAACACUGAAAAGUAUUGGGUGAGGUUCUGCCUGUCCAAAACAAGUUCCUGUCCUUUCUAGUAUUUACUGCAGAUCCCACCAGCAGAGAAAAAGAUGUUUAUAUGAAUCGAAAUGCAUCUCAAUAAACGUCCCAUAUUCUUUCUAAUAAAUA